AUGGCAGAAAAUGCAGGGAAGAAACAGAGGUCCACCAAAGGUUUCAUCUCUAUAUUCGAAGGGACACUUUCCCUUGUCAUUUCUCUAUAGUUGACUAUUAAGAGGGACUUGAGCUAGUCACAUGCAGGUAAAAUGGAUAUAACAAUUGCGGUGUUCAACGCGGCAAGAGAUGGUAAACUGAAACUUAUCCAGAAGUUGCUGAGCAACAAAACUCCGGAGGAGUUGGAGGCGCUUGCCGAGGAGAAGACACAAGGGGGAACCCCGCUCCUGAUCGCGUCUCGAUACGGACAUUUGGAGGUAGUAGACUACUUGCUUGAGCAUUGUAAGGCUAAUGUAGAGCUUGGAGGUUCAGUUAAUUUUGAUGGCGAAACGAUUGAGGGAGCCCCACCGUUAUGGGCGGCUUCUGCCGCAGGGCAUUUGUUCGUUGUCAAAACUCUUUUGAAACACGGCGCCUCGGUUAAUAACACGACAUUGACAAACUCUACUCCCCUGCGAGCCGCCUGUUUCGACGGGCACCUAGAAAUUGUGCGCUACCUCGUUGAACAUGAUGCCGACAUGGAGGUUGCUAACCGCCACGGCCAUACUUGUCUGAUGAUCUCAUGCUACAAAGGCCAUAGAGAAAUAGCCAAGUUUCUCUUGGAGCGAGGUGCUGACGUGAACCGGAAAAGUGUUAAAGGUAACACAGCCCUGCACGACUGCGCCGAGUCCGGGAGUUUAGACAUCAUGAAAAUGUUGCUGAAAUGCAACGCUCGUAUGGAAAGAGACGGUUAUGGCAUGACUCCCCUGCUGGCCGCGAGCGUCACAGGACACACCAACAUAGUGGAGUACCUCGUCCACCAGCCCAAAGCCACGCGAGAAGAGCGCAUCAAUGCGCUGGAGCUCCUGGGUUCCACCUUUGUGGACAAGAAGCGGGAUCUGCUGGGCGCCAUGCGCUACUGGAGGAGGGCCAUGGAACUCCGACAAGCUGGGGACAGGGUUGGGUUCCUGGCCAAACCACCCCCAGGCCCCCCUGUCCCGGCGUACGACUGUGCGUGCGAGGUGAGGACAGCGGAGGAGCUGGAGGCCCUCAUCACGGACCCAGACGAGAUGAGGAUGCAGGCGCUGCUGGCGAGGGAGCGCAUCCUGGGGCCGUCGCACCCGGACACCUCCUACUAUAUCCGCUACAGGGGCGCCGUCUACGCCGACUCGGGCAACUUCGAGCGCUGCAUCAGCCUGUGGAAGUAUGCGCUGGACAUGCAGCAGAGCAACCUGGACCCGCUGAGCCCCGUGACAGCCAGCAGCUUCCUGUCCUUCGCUGAGCUCUUCUCGUUUGUGCUACAGGAUCGGGCCAAGGGCACGCUGGCCACUCGCGUCACCUUCCAGGACUUGAUGGGCGUGCUGGCCAAGGGCGUGCGGGAGGUGGAGCGAGCCGUCGCGCUGCGAGACAACCCCCCGGAGGCGGGCCAGUUUGCCAAGGCUCUGUCCAUCAUCUUGCAUCUGGUCUUCUUGCUGGAAAAGCUGGAGUGCAGCCCAGCACAGGAGCACCAGAAGAAACGGACCAUCUACCGGCUGCUGAAGCUUAACCCGCGGGGCAGGAACAGCUUCACGCCCCUCCACAUGGCCGUGGACAAGGACACGAUGUCGGUGGGGCGCUAUCCGGUGGGGCGCUUCCCCUCGCCCUCUGUGACGGCCCUGCUGCUAGAGUGCGGCGCCGACCCCGACUCGCGCGACUGCGACAACAACACGCCGCUGCACGUCGCGGCCGCCAACAGCUGCCCCGAGAGCAUGGCGCUGCUGGUCCGCGCGGGCGCACACUUUGACGCCACCAACGCCCGGCGGAAGACGGCCUACGACCUGCUGGACGGGCAGGGCAGGGGCCGCCACGCCCUGCACCCGCUCAGCUACGUCACCCUACAAUGCCUGGCUGCCCGCGCCGUCGAGCGACACCGACUGCCCUACAAGGGACUCAUCGCGGAGGAGAUGGAGGCCUUCAUUGAGCUGCACUGAUCUGAGCCUCCUUUACCCCUCUCGCCAUCCCUCCCUUCUUCUCCUCCUCUCCUCCCUUCUCCCCCCUUCUCUCCCCCAGGCUGCAAGCUCUCCCUGCACUCUCCAUCUGCCGCCAUCAAUCCUCACGCGUUGCUCAGGCUUAGCCGAAAUCACGGCAAUGAUCCCAGACUUUCCAUCUCAAAUAAGGAAAGAUUUGUAUUUUGAGCAACUGAUACUGUGUGUGUGUGUGUGUGUGUGUGUGUGUGUGUGUGUAUACACUCCCUGAGACUCUUCCCUCUUUGUCUGCCUUACUGCCUCUAAGGGCUUGUUUAAAAGAAAGAAGAAAAGAAUUGCACCUUGCGGGAGCUUGGGGUAUUGGCGCUGGGGUACUAACUGCAGGUUCUGUGAUCUCCCUCUUACUCUCCGUUUUUGUUACCCUUUCUUCAUAUGCGAGCAGGAAAUGAACAAAAUUUGCCGUUUGUGUUUGUUUCUAAUGUUUGAACGAUGAGUUGGUUGCUUAUUUUAAGUUGUGCAUAAAAAAUUGCAUUGUUAUUAUUAAUGAUACACUUUGCUAACAGACUGUAGGGAACCAGUGAAUGAAGUUUGCCUAGGCUAAUACAUUCUUUGUACGCCCUUUUUGUAAUGCAAAUUGAUGCCCUAUAGUGUAAACAUACCUUCUCUUAUCAAAUGUGAUUACACAAUAUAGUUUUAUUUUAGUUCCCUGUUUUUUGGUUAUAUUUUUUGAGGAAUGGGCCUGAAGGUGAUUCCUCUCAUGCCAUAUAGUAGCCUUACUUUUCUAUGUCAACUUGAUGUGUUUGGCUUUGAAAGAACUGGUGUGUAUGUGUGUGUGUGUGUAUGUGUAUGUGUGUGUGUGUGUGUGUGUGUGUGUGUGUGUGUGUGUGUGUGUGUGUGUCCUUGUGGGCUACAGCUGAACCAAGGAACACCAAUGUGGCUCACAGUGAAUGGGAGCUAGUGUUGCUGUGCUGAUGAUGUCAUGCUGGCCACAAAGACUAGUGCCCGUUUGUUGUUAGCACCAUUAGCGUGCUUCGGUUGAACUGCCCCUUGUAAAACCACGAGUGGGGGAUUUGCAGGAUGGUCGUCCUUGCCUUUGGAACACACGGAUGGAGCUUUUCAUGCUUUAUUUGGCGAGAGCACACUUUUUGCCCCUCUGCUACGCGGGAGCAGAAAAGUAAAUGCCACGUGUGGUUUUGCCCUCGUUUGUGAAUUCAUUGUAACAUUUUAAGACUUGGCACUUUACCUAGUACAGGAGCAGCCAUUGUUGAUGGUUUUAAGAUACAUCUAUAUCUAUGCAGGUUUAUCAUCAUCAGAGGUGGAUUUAGAGGCACCAAUUUGACAACCCAGGUUGCAGUAGCAUCAGGUAGCCUGCUACAUAUGCCUCUUGAACUUAUUUCUGAUUGUCCUCUCAUUUUAUUUGGUGAAAUGUUCUCUUUUUAAGCAUUAUUUUCCUUCAGUUAGGUUUCUCUGUACAUCGUAUUAAAAUGAAAGCACUUUGAAACAAGCUAACACUACUUAGCCUCUUAAGAUGAGAACAUCACUCAGUUCUCUCAGUAAUGAUUUGAUUAAUUUAAGACCAUUUACUUCAGGACAAAAGUGUGUUUGGAGAUGCCUGAAUAAAAUUCAAGUAUCCCAGUGUG